AGGGAAAGGGAGGACGAAAGAGGAAGGGGUUUAGAGAGAACAGACGCAAGAAAAAACAGAAGAUAGGAACGAGAGAGAACGAGAGAGAAAGCAGUGCAGAUCGGGGGCUGUAGCUAUGUCAGUGGUCUGUUUGAGGGACUCGCUAUGAGAGAAGGCAGCCAUGGCUAUGUCACUGAGCGCCGACGAUGAGGAUUACGAUUCGGACACAGCCGAACAGCAACGGCCACCCAACCGGCCGAAGCCCAAGAUGGCGGCGGCGGCGGCAGCGUCGGCAGCGGCGACCACGUCGUCCGCGGCGACAGCCGUCAAGCUUCCGUCCAACCGCAGUUCGUCGGGGGCCCGUCGCAGGCGCACGCGGUGCCGUAAAUGCGAGGCGUGCGUGCGGACGGAGUGCGGAGAAUGUCAUUUCUGCAAGGAUAUGAAGAAGUUCGGAGGGCCUGGCCGCAUGAAGCAGUCCUGCAUCAUGAGACAGUGCAUUGCGCCUGUCUUACCCCACACAGCGGUGUGUGUGGUGUGUGGAGAGGCUGGUAAGGAGGACACGCAGGAGGACGAGGAGGAGAAGUUUAAUGCCAUGCUCAUGGAAUGCUCCAUUUGUAACGAGAUCGUCCAUCCCAACUGCCUCAAGGUAAAAGAUGCAGCAGGAGUUGUAAACGACGAGCUUCCCAACUGCUGGGAAUGUCCUAAAUGCAACUACGCUGGGAAAACUGGAAAGGCCUGUAAGCAAAAACGAGGUCCAGGGUUUAAGUACGCGUCCAACCUACCGGGCUCGCUGCUGAGGGAGCAGAAAGCGAGCCGUGACGGGAAGGAGGAGAGCGACCAGGCCUCCGCCGCCAAGAAGAGGAGCGAACGAGAAGAAACGCCCAGACUCAAAUCCGAGGAUCUCCCCGCCCGACUGCCCCCGCUCCUCACCCCCAGCGGCCUGCCACGACCCCGGUCAGAGAUACCUAACUUCCUAAGGAAGAAGAAGAAGCUGUUCGAUGAUGAUGAAGAGGAGGAGGACACAAGCGCUAAGAAGAAGAAGAAACCCUGGAGAUCUGAGGAACCUGUGAUUCCCAAACUCACCCAAGUAAAAACUGAAGACGAAGAGGAACAUUCUGACCGAGAGGAAGAGGCGGAAGAGGACGAGAGAGAACGGGUGGAUCGCCGUCCCGUAAAAGAAGGGCUGUCAGGCAGAAUAGGGAAAGAGGAAGUAGAGGAGGAGAAAGACGAGGAGGGUGGAGAAGAAGAGGAAGAAGAAGAGGAGAGAGAUAGCCGAAGAGAGGAAAGGAGCCCGGCUCUGAAGACGCCCCUGUCGUUGGAGAGCGACGCUUCCCGUUGUAGCUCCCCCAGGGCGGGACCAAGCAGCGAAGGGAGCGAGACUCAGGAGAGGACGCCCCGUGCCCGGGCGAAGCGGCGCCGUAAACUCCCUAAUCGUCAGCUCAGCUCGGAGCUCAGCAAGCAGCUCAACCUGGAGAUCCAGCGCACGGAACAUUCGCUGGCCAAUGAGAACCAGCAGCCUCUCAAGAGCGAGCCAGACGACAGCGAAAACGAGGAGCCCAAGAGAAGCUUCCGGAACGGUACGGGAGUGGGCGCCGGGGGAGGCGGAGGCGGAGGGGUAGAGCUGGGCGGAGGGGGCGGGGAGAGGCCACACCUCCGAGCGCGCGAGAUGAACGGGACUGCAUGGGAGCUGCGCCAUUUUUACCCGCCCCAAAUCACGCCGCUGGGUUUUAACCGGAGCUCCCCCGCCAUACGACCACCUCCCACCCGCUCCCCACCCAAAUGCGUCCAGAUGGAGCGUCACGUAAUCCGACCGCCCCCGAUCUGCCCCCCACCAGACAGACUCCCCCUGGCUGACGGCCGCAACCACGUAGCCCAGCGUGAAGCUUGGAUGGCCAUCUUCAGUCAUCUGACGCACCGCGAACUGUGCAUUUGCAUGCGCGUCUGUCGGACGUGGAACCGCUGGUGCUGCGAUAAACGGUUAUGGACACGAAUAGACCUAAGUCGCUGUAAGUCCAUCACUCCUCUGAUGCUAAGCGGAAUCAUCCGCAGACAACCAGUCACUCUGGACCUCAGUUGGACCAACAUCUCCAAGAAACAGCUCAGCUGGCUUAUCAACAGGCUACCAGGUCUGCGGGUGUUGUUACUGUCUGGCUGUUCUUGGGUGGCUGUUUCUGCUCUCUGUACAUCCAGCUGUCCUCUGCUACGCACGCUGGACCUGCAGUGGGUCGAAGGCCUCAAAGAUCCCCAGAUGAGAGACCUGCUCUCACCUCCCACCGACAACAGACCAGGUCAGAUGGACACGCGCAGUAAGCUGCGGAACGUGGUAGACUUGCGUCUGGCGGGUCUGGACGUUACGGACAGCUCCCUGCGUCUGAUCAUUAAGAACAUGCCCCUGCUGGCCCGGCUGGACCUCAGCUACUGCAACCACAUCAACGACCAGUCGGUCAACCUGCUCACCGCCGCUGGGACCACCACGAGAGAUUCGCUCACUGACGUCAACCUCUCGGUGUGUAACAGGGUGACCGACCAGUCCUUGACUUACUUUAAACGUUGUGGGAGCAUCUGUCGAAUCGACCUGCGGUUCUGCAAGCAGGUGAGCAGGCAAGCGUGCGAGCGCUUCAUCGCCGAAAUGUCCGUCAGCGUUCCGUUCGGCCUGCGAGAGGACAAACUGCUGGAGAAACUCAGUUAGUCCCAAAGGUCCGCCAAGUCUGACGACCGACGCGAUCCGGAGAGUUUAAAGAAAAACAAAAAAAAAUCGAAUGAUACCGUGUAUCAAGCGCGCUCGAGAAGCGGAUGGGUGUUAACACUUCCUCUGCUACCCAAAGAGUCAGAGAGACUGUCGACGGAGACAGACAGAGCACAUACAAACCCAUCCUGAUGCUUCCGGUCGGGCUUGGGGUUCAUACGGACAGUACUCUCUCUUUGUUGGAAAACGGUGUGUCUUUGCUAGAGGAUUACAUUACGAGAUUACAGUGCAGCUAGGAAAGGUGUGCCGCGUGAGACGUGGAAGAAAAGGACACGCAAACACACAUUUAAACACACACACACACACAUUUACACACACAGAUACACAUGAACACAUGUAACUGCAUUUCUCUGGCUGUCGGCUUUUGGCAGACAUUCGAUUUUCUAGCGGUAAAAAAAACUCGGCAGCUGUGAGAUGCUGUAGUAGCUGCCAGAGGCUAAUGCUCCACUUUUUGAGAGAGAGGAUACCGAGCUGUUGUUCUUUUGUGAAAUACGAACCCUCCAAAACAUAUUUUGUACAAAAACAAAACAAAACAA